CUUACAAAUUAAUGUCCUAGGUCUUUAUUUUCCAAAUAUAUGAUAUUACCAAUAUGAACCCGAAAUGGAUGGCUACUAAGAAAAUAUCAUUUGUCGGUUCUAUUUGUAAAUGUUACUUCAACAACAUUUCGAGAAAUGCAAAUGACUACAGUUUUUAGAAUGCCGGAUUAAAAAGUGCAUUGUGAUUAACGAGACAUCAACAAGUAAAAAGAACGAAAGGGAAUCCAUAAAGACGAAGAGAACAACAUAAUUAACAACAUUAAUAUAUGUUUUCUUGAAUACAUGAAGAAAAAGAAGGAGAAAAAAAAACACCAAUCCGUAAAUAAGAAGGGAUAUAACGUAACAUACAGCCCUUGAUCCUCUGCAAAUCCACCCAACAAACCCCUCCUAGAAGAAGCAGAAAAAAGGACCUUAAAAUUUCACAAAUUCAGAACUGAUAAAGGCAACAGCUUCCAUCAUCACUCCUUGCAGUUUGGAUCAAAGUCACCCGCUUGUGGAUCUAACUGUAGAAAGUUCCGCUCUCCAUGGCAUCCUUGUUGGCAUCACCAAGAGCAGCCUCGUUCAAGUACUGGUCAGCCAACUGCACUCUCUUCACAUUGUCUUGCUCCUGCACCAGCAUGUUCCCGUACCCCAUCAGCGUCUCCAAUGUCAUCGUCGGCUGCUCGAACGUCGGCGGCGGGUCCUUGGAGUUCACCAGCUUCUUCCCGAUCGUGUCCACUCCCACUCCUGAGAUCCACUUCCUCACCUCGUCGUCGUACACCCUAGCCCUCAGCGCCCCGAAGAAAUCUGCACCCACACAAAUCGCAAAACAUUCGUUAAUAUGAUAUCAGAGUCUUUAACUAGAGAACAGAGUGUGUCAAUUAGACUGGAUUCAUAGAUUGGUGAAUUCAUGAAUUGGAUCCAAUGGAUUGGUGAUUGAUACACGAAUCCAAAUGACAUCCAAGUAUUGAACCAUUUUAUAAAUUUUAAAAAGUUUU